CCCGCAGGCGAAAGCGGAUCCUCAGCUGCGCCCAGUUGGGGGAGCAAAACUGUGAAGCCGAGUUACCCAGGCUCUCUGCUUGCUCCCCCUCAAUGCACGUAGUCCGCCCCAGAUGCCCCCACGCACUCCCGAGCGCCCUGCGCGCUGCCAGGUUUCUCUCCGCGCUGCCUGGCUCUGGCUCUCCUACUCCAGUGGCAUCCCCCAGCCCUCUCCGUUUUCCGCGCUCUUCGGACGCGCAGCCCCUAGCGGCGCGUCACCGCGAGGUCGGCCUCCAGCGAACCUCCCUCCCUCUUUCCUGGCUCUGAGCUCUCCAGCCCGGGGAGGCGGGGAAGCAGCCCGAGCGCGAACGCCACGGCAACCACCCUCAGCCGCCAGCCGGAGAAACAGUCCGUAGGCCCUGGAGCCCGGCCAGGCCCUUGGGAAGCUGGCGCCGCGCCCGGGGAGCCGCUGGGCUUGCCCCUGCCCGGCGCGGAAGGCGCAGAGGAUAUUCCUGGUGACCCUGAAAGAGUCCAUAUCAUGGAAUCGAUCUCUAUGAUGGGAAGCCCUAAGAGCCUUAGUGAAACGUUUUUGCCUAAUGGAAUAAAUGGUAUCAAAGAUGCAAGAAAGGUCACUGUGGGUGUAAUCGGAAGUGGGGAUUUUGCCAAAUCCCUGACCAUUCGGCUUAUUAGAUGUGGCUAUCAUGUGGUCAUAGGAAGUAGAAAUCCUAAAUUUGCAUCUGAAUUUUUUCCUCACGUGGUAGAUGUCACCCAUCAUGAAGAUGCUCUAACAAAAACAAAUAUAAUAUUUGUUGCUAUACAUAGAGAACAUUACACCUCUCUAUGGGACCUGAGGCAUCUGCUUGUGGGUAAAAUCCUGAUUGAUGUGAGCAAUAACAUGAGGAUAAACCAAUACCCAGAAUCCAAUGCUGAAUAUUUGGCUUCAUUAUUCCCGGAUUCCUUGAUUGUCAAAGGAUUUAACGUUAUUUCAGCUUGGGCACUUCAGUUAGGACCUAAGGAUGCCAGCCGUCAGGUUUACAUAUGCAGCAACAAUAUUCAAGCUCGACAACAGGUUAUUGAACUUGCCCGCCAGUUGAAUUUCAUUCCUGUUGACUUGGGAUCAUUAUCAUCAGCCAGGGAGAUUGAAAAUUUACCCCUGCGCCUAUUUACUCUCUGGAGGGGGCCAGUGGUGGUAGCCAUAAGCUUGUCCACAUUUUUCUUUCUUUAUUCUUUUGUCAGAGAUGUGAUACAUCCAUAUGCAAGAAACCAGCAGAGUGACUUUUACAAGAUUCCUAUUGAGAUUGUGAAUAAAACCUUGCCUAUAGUUGCCAUUACUUUGUUGUCUCUGGUAUACCUAGCAGGUCUCCUGGCAGCUGCAUAUCAGCUUUAUUAUGGCACCAAGUAUAGGAGAUUUCCACCUUGGCUGGAGACCUGGUUACAGUGCAGGAAACAACUCGGAUUACUAAGUUAUUUCUUCACUGUUGUCCAUGUUGCCUACAGCCUCUGCUUGCCGAUGAGAAGGUCAGAAAGAUACUUGUUUCUCAACAUGGCUUAUCAGCAGGUUCAUGCAAAUAUUGAAAACUCUUGGAAUGAGGAAGAGGUUUGGAGAAUUGAAAUGUACAUCUCCUUUGGCAUAAUGAGCCUUGGCUUGCUUUCCCUCCUGGCUGUCACUUCCAUCCCUUCUGUGAGCAGUGCUUUAAACUGGAGGGAAUUCAGUUUUAUUCAGUCUACACUUGGAUAUGUUGCUCUGCUCAUAAGUACUUUCCAUGUUUUAAUUUAUGGAUGGAAGCGAGCUUUUGAAGAAGAGUACUACAGGUUUUACACACCACCAAACUUUGUUCUUGCUCUCGUUUUGCCCUCAAUUGUAAUUCUGGGUAAAAUUGUCUUAUUUCUUCCAUGUAUAAGCAGAAAACUGAAAAGAAUUAAAAAGGGCUGGGAAAAGAGCCAAUUUCUAGAAGAAGGCACUGGAGGAACAAUUCCUCAUCUUUCCCCAGAGAGGGUUACAGUAAUGUGAUGAUAAAUGGUGCUCACCCCGCCAUAUCAAGUGUUAUGACUUCCUCUGUGUUCGGUUGUACAUGUGCUGUCAAAUAACUAUGGUUUGAAAUCUGUUAAGUAAUAUUUCAAUUGAAUUAGUAAUAGAAUUUUCUCCAAGUUAGCUUUCACAAAUGUCCUAUUUUGCCAAUAUGAAUUUUUGUAGUCAACAUAUUGUUGAAAUGUAGGUAUGUUUUGUUUUGUUUUGCAUAACUGUAACACUAUUGUUGUUUUAUCUAUAUUUCAUAAUCAGGCAAAAUAUAUAUAAUUAAUAAUAUAAAUAUAGGUUAAAACAAUAUGCAAACCAGCAGAAUCUGAAGCUUUAAUAUGAUUCAAUGGAUAUACUUUUUUCUGAAGCUUAAGUAAGGUUUUAAUUAUUAUCCAAUUUAAUAAACAAAAUUGGGUAAUUAUACAUUAUUAGAAAAGGACAAUUAUGUUAAUAUCUAGGUAAUAUAUAUACUUUUCUCAUAAGAUACGAGUUGAAGAAUGUAAUUAAUUGUAUGAAGCAAUGUGUUUAAUUAAAUAAACACAAAUUAAAAAGACAAACUUGAAAUUAUAUUUAAAAUGCACUGUAGACAUGAAAUACAACUGAUAACAUACAACUCAAGAAAGAUUUUUUUAUCAUGUUACAGAGCAGUUUAAUUUUCAUCUUAAUUAAAUUGGACAGGGAAAGGACUCAGAAUUAUUUGGCCUCCAAAACUGAUGUAUAUACAUAUAUAUAUUAUAUAUUAUACACAGACACAUAUAUAUUAUAAAUAUAUAUGUAUAUUUAUAUAUAUAUUAUCUAUCCUGGAAAUUGGAUAUUGUUCUUAGAGAAAAAGUACAGGUUUAGACAUGUAUGGUGAUGCUCAUCUAUAAUUCCAGUGACUUGGUAGGACAAGGCAGGAGGAUUGCAAGUUCAGGUUCAGCCUCAGCAACUCAGUGAGGACCUAAGCAAUUUAGCAGUGACCUUGUUUAUAAAUAAAAAAAGCUGGGGAUGAAGCUCAGUGGUAAAGUGCCCCUGUGUUCAAUGCCCAGUACCAAAAAGCAAAAAAAAAAAAAAAAAAAAAAAGUGUAGUUUUACACAUUACACACAAGUAGUUAUUUCUUAGAUGAGCUUUGCUGUUGCACCUAGUUAUCACCACUCUCUGUGAUAGGGGAUAUUACUGAUGCUCAUUCUGGGAUUUUAAGUACUAGGCAUGGUUGUAUUACCCCACUUAAUGCUUACAAACAUUAAGCUCAAAAAACAUGUGAGAAAGACAGUUAUCUUCAUUUUACAUAACUGAAGGAUAGAAAAGUUAUUUUCCCAAGGUCACACAGAGGCACAGUAAGCAUUCAAGUCCAGGCAGACAUGUUCCAGAAGCCAGGCUUUAAUCACAAGGCUCGACAGCCCCUGCUCCAUCCCCACACAUUACAUUUAUGAUGCCAGCCUAGAUGCCUUCUCUCUGUAUAAAGGCAGCAGCAUUCUUCAGAGUAGGUCAUGUACAUCAAAAGAUGUAUGAAAAUCUGCCAAUUGUAAAUUUAUUAUUGCUUGCAAAUAAGUCCAUAGUUAUUUACCUGGCCUGGAGCGUGAGCCUAGAGACCCCCCGAUAGUGCAUAUACCCACCUUUGCAGUGAAGACUCAAGCAAAGAGAGGACCGCAGCAGUGAUAAUGAAAUUACUGAAAUCUUACAGAAUUAAAAAAAAAAAAUCCCUGAAAAAUUGGAUAUCUCCUUUUCUCUUCCUGAGAAGGCCUCCUGCCUGUACAACCAUUCAUUAAGGAACAAUUUAUUAGCAUGAAGGAUAUUAAGAUAAGUGGUUAAUUAUACAUCUAGAGGCAUAUAAUCAUAUUAUUCAUAAAAUUUCUCAGUGCUGACAUUCCACAUGUAAACUGCAUUUUGUUCAAACCUUAUAAUAUCCUACAUUUUCCUCAUUCUCUCUUAUUAAAAUAGGAAGUUGCAGACGAGAUACAAUCAUAUCCAUUCCUCUUCCUGAAAUUAUGUCAUUUCUCAACUUACCUAUUGACUUGAAUCCAGUUGCCAAAAAUAAAAGGACUUACUUAGUGUAGUCUACCUUUCCUGCCAAUGAUUCUUUUCCUACGACUGCACUGUCAGUCUGGUAAAUCUCUCAACCUUCUCUGAUGUUCUCUUUUUGGUGAAUUUUAGUAUCUUGUACUUCCUAAUUGAGCUCUCCAUUUUCUUUGUGUUAAUUACAUCUCUCCCCUCUAAAUAAUUCCCUUCUUGUUAGUUCUUGGUAGGAAUUCAGUUGGGUGAUAACUAUUAAGGAUAACUACUUAACCAUGCUAUUAUUGUGAACUAGUGAAAAUAGCAUAUUUUCAAUGCUUUUCUUGAUCCUUAAAUUUCAUUCUCAAGACUAUGCUUUACCGAUUUAAUGUGAAAAUACAAUGAAAUAUUUCCAAAAGUUAAGUAAAUAUUAAAGUUUAUUGUCAUAUGUAUAUUUUAAGUAGCCAAUGAUAUGAAUAAAAUUAUCACUAGUACAGAUAAUUGAGAACGUGGAAAAUGUGAAAAAACAAACUGAUGAACAUGUGUAAACGAAGCAAAUAUUAUUGCACAUGACAGUAUUUCUUUUGCGUGCUACAAAAACAGAAUAAUUUUGAAAUUUUAGAAUAAAUGUAAUUCUAACAUUUAA